AUGGAGGUUGAAGCGGGCCGGCCCACAUGGAGCAGGCCGGUCGAGUUCACGCUGGCUGGGAUAGGGUGCGCCGUGGGGCUGGGCAACAUCUGGAGGUUCCCUUACCUUUGCUACAGGAGCGGCGGAGGUGCUUUCCUGGUGCCCUACCUGCUGAUGCUCGUGUUGCUGGGCAUCCCUCUGCUCUACAUGGAGUUGACCGUGGGCCAGUACCUGAGGAAGGGCCCCGUGCACGCCAUGGCCAAUGUGUGCCCGCUGCUGAAAGGUGUGGGCGUGGCCAUGGUGGCCAUCUCCUUCAUCAUGUGCACGUACUACAAUGUCAUCAUCACCUGGGCACUGUACUACCUGUUCAGCUCGUUCCAGAGCCAACUACCCUGGCAGAGCUGCAACAACACAUGGAACAGGGCCAACUGCACUGACCGUGCCACCAACACCUCCACCUCGGCCUCCACCGCCAGCCAGCAGUUCUUUAAUUACAGGGUGCUGGAGCGGACGGACGGCGUGGAGGAGCCUGGCUCUCUGCGGUGGGAGCUCUUUCUGCUGCUGCUGUUGGCCUGGAUCCUCGUCUACCUCUGCAUCUUCAAGGGAGUCAAGUCCACCGGCAAGGUGGUGUACUUCACAGCUCUGUUCCCUUAUGUGAUCUUGGUGGCGUUGCUAAUUAACAACGUCCAGCUCCCUGGGGCCGCGUCCGGCAUCCAGUUCUUCAUCGUGCCUGAAUGGGAGAAGCUGCUGUCUGUGGAGGUGUGGAUCAACGCGGCGGCCCAGAUCUUUAACUCCAUUGGAAUCGGCUUUGGUUCGCUCAUGGCCAUGGCGAGCUACAACAACUUCAGCAACAGCGUCUUAAAGGACACCCUGGCCAUUGCCAUCACAAACUCAAUGACCAGCAUCCUGUCUGGAUUUGUGAUUUUCUCUGCACUCGGAUACAUGUCUUACCUACAGAAUAUUCCAGUCAGUGAGAUUGCCGUGGACGGUCCCGGCCUGGUGUUUGUGGUCUACCCCCAGGCCUUCCUGUCCAUGCCGGUGGCUCCUAUGUGGGCAGUGUUCUUCUUCUUCAUGCUCCUCUGCCUCGGCCUGGACAGCCAGUUUGCGAUGGUGGAGGUAAUGAUAACUAGUCUGUUGGAUGGCUACAGUGAGCCUCUGCUAAGCUUCUUCAGGCGAAAUGAGCUGCUGGUUCUGGCCGUGUGUACUGGCAUGUUUCUCCUCGGCAUCCCACAUGUCAUGCAGGUCGGGAUUUACGUCUUCCAGCUGAUGGACCACUACACUGCCAUAGUGUCCAUCAUGUUCCUGGCCUUCUUUGAGGUGGUCGCCAUAUGCUGGUUAUAUGGGGUGAGACGUCUGACUAGCAACUUGGAGGAAAUGAUGGGAAGAAAGCCAGGCAUGUUCUUCCGGCUUUGCUGGAUGGUGAUAUGUCCGGUUCUGAUCGCGGUGAUUCUGGUGUUUUCCGUGAUUCAGUUUAAACCAGCGCGCUAUGAGAACUAUGUGUACCCAGCGUGGGCUCAGGGGAUUGGCUGGCUCAUUGCCAUGGCGUCCAUUAUCUGGAUCCCAUUGGCAGCGCUGCACACGCUGUGGGUUCUGCCUGGCUCCUUCAGCGAGAAACUGCGGGGGUCCAUCAGACCGUUUGCGCUGGACGCCGACGCCCCGAGCCUGUACUGCCUGCGGAAGGGAGGCGCGGUGGAGGUGACCCCCAGCCUCACUGUCAUCAGCUUCAUCACCCCCCUGCCUGAAAAAACCCCGAUCCAGACCAGUUUAUGACUUGACCUUUACCCUCUGACCUCAGUUGCUUACCUGGGCUACAGCAGGCCUUGGACUAACCUGCCUCGUUACUGGUCUGGUUAGUGUAGUGGACGGGUAUUGGGACGAUAAGUUGGCCAGAACCAAGAACCUCCCCGUGAUGGUAGAAUGGCCCACCACGGACUUGAAGAGGAACUUUAUGAAGUUCCACAGCCAACCUACGUCCUUGCUGGGCUAUUUUCUAUUUUCUGUGAUUUUCAGCCGGGACAAGACGACAAUCCUAAAACAAUCAGCUAUAAAAUGAUGUAACUUGUGUAACUCAUCUUUGAUUUUUGUAAAUAGUGUGUUUUGUGGAUGUGCUUUUGACCAAGUACCUUACAUCACAAGAGAAUCCGUGAAUAACUUAUGAAAUGUAACCAAAGAAAAAAACGAUACAAAUGUCCUUGGAAAGGAAUGAACAAAAAAAUCUGUUGAACCUUUCUUUGUUCAGCUAGUGAAAAACACUAGUUCCUUAAUAUUUUCUCCAUUAUAUAGACACUAACAGACACUAAUUAUUUUUAUUACAGACGCAUAAAAAUUGUUUAAAAAUGUAAGUUUUACUGUUAGUUAUUUUGUUGAUCUAGUAAUUAUAAAUAAAAAGAAAGAAACAUUUAAAUUGCAAACUGUUAACAUUGGGCUGUAUUCUUGGAAAUAAUUCACAGUGAGUGGAGAUCAAGACUCCAACCCUUCUCAGCCAGCGUGUGAGACACUUGGAUAAAGGACUUGUGUCUUGCGGUCCAUAACCUCAGGGAAAGGAAGAGAGUUUUCCUAUGAUUUGUCCAGUCCAUCAUAUUCCAAGGGACGUGGAGAGACCCACAACAGACAGCAGACCAAAGACGAGAUACAUCUGAAUGCAAAACCCGUGACACAUUCACAGAUGAUAAUCUUGACAUUUUAAUUCAUGACAAUGUUCAGGUGCGUGCUUGAGCAAUAGUCGGCAGGUCUUUAAAUGUGUGCACUUCAAGGUUAGUCACAUGUCCCUGGUAAAAGGUGUCCCACAAUGUCCUUUAGUCAGAGGCCAAAGGACAUACCCAGUUUUACAGAUUUCAUGAUAUCAAGGUACUUAGAGUGCCUGUGGUGUACGCGUGCGUCUGAUAUGGGUUUAGAAACACGAUCGCAUUCACUGGUGUGCAGUAGUGAGAAGUGUGAAAGUCCAGGUGCAGAGCAGACGCAGAAAACCCGACUGACCAAAGGUUUUAGUUACAUUACACCAGCUAGAGAUCCAUUCACUCUUAUGCCGUUGUGAGAAACACGUCUACGUACAAUCCAAAGUUAGAACUUAUAAAAAAAAAAAAAAGUCAUACAGCAAUCAUUGGAACACUAAGCGCAAU